AUGUCGGACCUCAAGCACGAGAAGUAUGAUGAGACCACGACGGCGGUGCCAUCGUCCCCAGUCAAUGGGGACCUUGAGACGGGAGAGUCAGCCAAGCUUCACAGAGCCCUCAAAGGCAGACACAUGCAGAUGAUUGCUAUCGGUGGUUCCAUCGGUGCUGGUCUUUUCGUCGGUUCUGGUGGUGCUUUGGCCAAGGGUGGUCCAGGUAACCUGAUCAUCGAUUUCAUGAUCAUUGGUUUCAUGUUGCUUCUCACUGUUAACGCUAUGGGAGAGCUUGCUGCUCUCUACCCUGUCGCCGGUUCUUUCUACAACUACUCUAUCCGUUUCAUCGAUCCUGCCUGGGGUUUUGCCAUGGGUUGGAACUACGCCCUCAACUGGCUCGUCGUCUUACCUUUCGAAUUGAUCGUCGCUGGUGCCACCCUUGCAUUCUGGACUGAUCCUGACAACACCGGCUCUCCAUCCAUCAGCAUUGGUGUCUGGAUCACUGUCUUCUUGGUUUUGGUCGUCGCCAUCAACUUCUUCGGUGUCAAAGGUUACGGAGAAGUCGAGUUCGCCCUUGGUCUCAUGAAGGUUAUCGCCAUCAUUGGUUUCAUCAUCUGCGGUGUUGUUAUCAACUGCGGUGGUGUCCCAACCGAUACUCGAGGCUACAUUGGAGCCAAAUACUGGCACGAUCCUGGAGCUUUCCGUAACGGUUUCAAGGGUUUCUGCUCUGUCUUCGUUACCGCUUCUUUCUCUUUCGGAGGAACUGAGCUUGUCGGUCUCGCUGCCGCUGAAGCCGCCAACCCAAGAAAGACAAUUCCAACUGCCACAAAACAGGUCUUCUGGAGAAUCACCCUGUUCUAUGUUGUCUCUUUAUUCAUUCUCGGUCUCAUCGUCCCAUCCGACAACCAGGAUCUCUCCAACGCCUCCGGAUCUGGAGAUACCCGAUACUCCCCAUUCGUCCUCUCCUUCAAGAUUGCCGGUAUCAAGGCCCUCCCAUCCAUCUUCAACGCAGUCAUCACCUUGUCUGUCAUUUCCGUCGCCAACUCUUGCACAUUCGCCUCUACCCGAACAAUUCAAGCUCUCUGCGCCAGCGGUAUGGGUCCAAAAUGGGGAGCCAAGGUUGACAAGAAGGGACGUCCUUGGGUUGUGCUCAUCAUUGCCCUUGCUUUCGGAGCUCUUGCCUACGUUACCCUAGCUCCAGAAGGAGGAACCGCUUUCACCUGGUUACUCUCCAUCUCGGGUCUCUCCAACUUCUUCACCUGGGGAUCCGUCUGUUUCGCACACAUCCGAUUCCGCAAAGCCUGGGCCAUGAACGGACGUACCACCGACGAUCUCCCAUUCGCCGCCAUGUUCGGUGUCACCGGAUCCUGGAUCGGCCUCGCGCUCAACAUCCUCUGCCUCAUCGCCCAGUUCUACGUCUCCCUCUUCCCCAUCGGCGGAAAGCCAGACGCAGAGGUCUUCUUCUCCAACUACCUCGCCGCGCCCGUCGUCAUCCUCUUCUUCGUCGGCUACAAGGUCUACUACAAACAAUGGAGCUUCGGUGUCAACCUUGCUGAUAUCCGUAUCGAUGAGGGCAGACGCGAGACUGAUAUCGAUGCUUUCCGCGCUGAGAUGGACGCGGAGCGUGCGGAGCAGGCUCAGUGGUCGUGGGCUAAGCGCCAAUGGCACUUUUGGUUUUAG